AUGACGACCUUCAAACCCUACCCGUUCCUGCUCGGCUUCAUCGUUCUCUUCUGCUUCGUGCGGCCAACUCUUGCUUUCGGCGCCGGCAACAUCCAGGGAAUUUCCGCCAUUGAAGGCCAGAACUGGCGUCACGGUGAUAUCGAGGAUGCGCUCCUCAAGAUUGUCAUGGCCCGCGCCGUCGGGGGCAAGCGGUUCGACAAGCUGAUGGUUUCCCGUGUCUACUUUGGCAACUGGCUCCGCGACUACUCCCAGGCCAUUGACGUCGGCACGGUCAAGAGUGUCUCCGCUGAGGCCAUCCGCCUCCUUCUCUGCAUCCUAGGCUUCCUCACCUUCGGCUAUGGGAGCCGUGAGUUCGAGGUCACCGCCGAGCGCCUGGGCUGCUACCGCCCGGAGGACCACAUCGACAACCCCAAGAACUACGCCGAUAACGUGGACGCGAGACAGUAUGACCGCCGUCUGCGCGGCCCUGUUGAUGAGUCGGUCGAGCUGGCUGUCGAUGAGCAGUCGGGCAUGAAGAACUACAUUGCCAACGAGAAUGCCGGAAUCAUGACCUCGGCCCUGCAUGUGCGCCGUCUGUUUACCAAGUGCAUCGAGCUGGGCCGCUCCUAUGGCCGGUCCAACAACAAGGAUGAACUCUACGAAGCUCUGCGCCUGCUGGGCACUGGCCUGCACUGUCUCGAGGAUUUCUUCGCUCACAGCAACUACACCGAACUUGCCCUAAUCGAGCUGGGCGAGCAGGACGUUUUCCCUCAUGUCGGCCGCAACACCAUGCUGCGGAUUCCCGGUGCUCGUCGGGAGGUUUAUCCCGUAGUCACUGGCACCUUCGGUGGUGUUGACUUCUUGCACUCGGUUACUGGAGAGCUGUCCGAUAAGAUGAUGCAGAGUGAGAUUGAGGACUUGGAGGGAACUUUGCAACAGAGCAGCAACAACGACACUAGCCUCCUCCGCGACCUCCUCGACAAGAUCCCCGAUGGCUUGCUUGGCAACAGUGACAAGAAAUCGAAGAUGGAUGAGAUCCAGAGCAACGCUCAGGCUGCCCAGAUGGAGAACAUGAGCGUGUCUCCGAGAGAGCCCGAGGAGUUCACUCUCUACGUCAGGAACACCUUCAAGCAGGUCAUGCCUGCCAUCGAGUUUCACGACCAGCUUCUCAUGGACAUCGCAAAGGCCAUCGAGAAGAUCCCGAUCCUGCCCAAGAUCAUUGAGCAGUUGGAGGAGCAGAUGUCCAUUUUCGUCUUUUCGGUCAUUGCCCCCUUCGUCGUGCCUCUCAUUGAACAGAUCAAGAACGAGCUCGCGACUGGCGCUUCCGAGAUCAUCAACAGCAGCAAGAACGAGCAGCACAUCGUGUUCGAAGACGAUAACUGCACCGACCCGACGCACUCGAUGCUGUCCAAGGAUCAUUUUACCAACAUCCUGAACGAAAUCGCCGGCCGUACCGCUUCCAAGGUGGUCUCGUGGGUGGUGCCCCAGCUGAUGAACGCGUGGGACGACGACUCGGUCGACGUCGACCGGCUGCUCAACAAGAUCAUCUACGGCGUGAUGCACCACCCGGCACAGCGCGAGAUGGGGCCCGACGGCGCCGAGGAGGGCCGCAGCCUCAUCUUCGACAGCGUGCGCGAGUGGUGGGAGGAGAUGGACGAGGGCCAGCGCGACGAGUACCGGCGCAAGCUGAGCCGCGAGGGCGUGGAGAACGGCGAGAACCACAAGGAGGGCCAGCACGAUUCGGGUCACGGGUGCGGCGGCAAGCUCAAGAUGCACAAGAACUACAGGAACGAGGCACCCGAGACCAUGGAAGACAAGAUCGCCGGUGUGGCUGCGGAUGCCAUCAUGGAUGGGGUCAAGCAGGGCUUCCAGGGUGCGGUGCAGGAUGUCGCGGCCGGUGAUGGUCUUCAACAGUCGGGAGGUCUCGGUGGUUUCAUCAGCAGUGUCGCCGGUGGCAUCCUUGGCGGGUUCCGGAAGGAGGAGAAGGAGACGUACGCUUCCGGCGGCCGGACCGAGGAUGGCGGAUACACCGAGACCACUACCGAGUAUGGCCGCUCGGGCGACCGGUACGGCGAGGCUCAGUACACCGAGACGCAGUACGGCAGCGGCGGUGGACGGAGCGAGUACCGCCGGUACGAGGAGCGGGAGGACGAGAGCGGACGUGGUCAGAGCUACGGCUACACGGAAGAACGCACCGAGACGCGGUACGAUGGCUCGGGCGGUUAUCGCCGCGAGGAGGAGGAGACGACCAGCUAUGGUGGAUACGGUCGUCGCGAGGAGGAGACGACCAGCUAUGGCGGGUACGGCCGGCGCGAGGAAGAGACGCCCAGCUAUGGCGGAUACGGUCGUCGUGAGGAGGAGACGCCUAGCUAUGGCGGGUACGGGCGGCGGGACGAGGGCGAGAGUGGCCACGGUCGCCGCGAGGAAGGUGAAGGCUAUGGCGGGUAUGGCCGCCGCGAAGAAGAGAGCAGCUAUGGCGGCGGGUACGGCGGCGGGUACGGCGGCCGGCAAGAGGAGGAGAGCUAUGGCAGCUCCGAGCGCCGUUAUGGUGGCGGCCGUCGGGAUGAUGAUGAGGAGGAGGAAGAGGGCAGGGAGCGCCGUGGCUGGGGCUAUUAA